AAACAAGCUUUAGCGAACCCGCUGCUACUGCAGUCCCACAUUUAGCUGCAUCCAACCCCCACCCCUCCUCACCCCUCUUCCUUCGCCCUCCCUCCUUCCUUGCGGCCCCCCCUGCGCGCCCUAUUUACGACGAGGACGCGCUCUCCGCUCGAAGAGACUCCAAAGACAGAGAUAACGAUCCCGAUCAAUUCUUCCACCCCCUCCUCCUCUCCACAGACAAGCCGAUACAAAAAUGGAGGGCGACCCGCCUUCUCUGCCCCCGCAGAUGUUCACGACGUCCGCUCAGCUACUCGAUCUUACCGAUAGUAUGUGUGCCCCGCGCACCCGAUCCGAUCAGGGGAAGCUCACCGCUAACAUUUAUUCGACCUAUAGAAAAACUCCUGGUCGCACUCCGUGAUGGAAGGAAGUUGAUUGGUGUUUUAAGGUCUUGGGAUCAGGUCUCCUAACCCCCUCCUCUCCCCGUAUCCGUUCUCGUAUCACCACUAGCCAGUCUGUGCACAGCAUGCUAAUGUCCCUGCCUACCACAGUACGGUAGGUUCCCACCAACCCCGGGGAUACCAAUAAUUUACUAACCGGGAAACCAAUAGCGAACCUUGUCUUGCAGAGUACUGUCGAGCGCUUAUACGUCGGGGAUGCCUACUGCGACAUCCCACGCGGGGUCUUUAUCGUUCGUGGGGAGAAUGUGCUGUUACUUGGGGAGAUUGUUCGCCCUCUCUCUCUCUACCUGUUCACUUACUUGCGGGCUAACGAUCGGUAGGACCUGGAUAGAGAAGACGACAUACCCUUCCGUCGCGCCUCCGUUGAAGAGGUAUUCGCUGCGCAGAGGGCUAUAGACACUGAAAAGAAGAGAACGGAUAAAGUGCAUAGGAAGAAAUUGCGUGCGCUCGGGUUUGAGGAUGAGGGAGAGGUGCUUGUUUAGGUUGUUUGAAUGGCAGUAAUGUUGAUGAAUGGAUGGAUGGAAAGGCCUUGCUAUAUUUAACCCAAGGCGGAGAAACACCUUACUCCCGUUAUUCUUCAGUCGGAGAGGAGGAAUUUAGUUGGUCAGUCGGCCGUUAGUGGAGUUGCGGGGAUUGAUGGGG